AUGCUUAUAUCAACCGACAGAUCUUUGACCUUCACUGCCGAUGGUCACACCCUUUUUGUAGAACCUCAUGGCCCACACGCACUUCGAAUUCACGCCUCUGUCAAUCCUCUACUUUCUCCAUCUGAAUCCAAACCAUGGGCCUUCACCGAAGAGGUCGCUGUCGACACUUCACCCGUAAUCAAUUGUACGAAGCUGGAUGAUCAACAUACACUUCCACCUCCUGGGCAAGUCAACCUCGAGCCCCUACCACUAUGUCCGCCAGCAACGCUCACUCACGGCAACCUGACAGCCGCCUUGUCUCCUCUCGGCUACCUCAGCGUUCAUAAUGCCGAGGGCCGACCUAUCCUAAUCGAAAAGCAUCGGACACGAAUAGACCCAAUGGCACCCUCAGCAUCCGCACUUGAGAUCCCAGCUCGAGACUUCACACCCAUCACAGCGUCAAACUACUAUAACCUGAGCUACCGCCUCGAAAGCCUCGAUCCGGAAGAGAAGAUCUACGGCGGAGGACAGUAUCAACAACCUAUCCUGAACCUGAAAGGUAGCGAGCUCGAGCUAGCACAGCGGAACUCUCAGGCCAGUGUCCCGUUCUUCGUGUCGAGUCUCGGCUAUGGCAUUCUUUGA